AUGGCAGCCUACGCAACACUAGUUUCUCUCAUGAAUGAUUUGGAGCUGAUUCCUAAUCACCCAAUCCAUUCUUUUUCUUUUGAAAUCAAACAGAUCACAUCCCUUUCCCAAAUCGUCAAUUUUUUGAUCCAUUUCCUUGAAACCUCUGAUUCUCAUAGAGAAUUAUUAGAGAGCCGAAUCACAUCCGCAGCUCAUAAAGCUCACGAUGUUGUCGAAUCACACGUAGUCGACCAAAUCCAAGCUGGAUCUACUAUUUGUAGUGGUAAAUCAAGGCUUAGUUAUUUCUUGCUUGAUCUUCAGAAAGCAAUUGGCUGCUUGGAUUUUGUCAAAAGGAAGGUGAUGCAGUUCAAAGCGAAAAGUGAUUCAAAAGCGGCAUAUUCAGCACCUGAUUCAUCAGCGCCUCUGAUCUCUGGGAAGAAUCAUAUGGUGGGAUGUGAUGAUGUUGUUCUUGGGCUUGUGGAAAUGCUCGUCGGAGAACCUUCCAGCCGGAGACUCAUCCCCAUCGUUAGCAUGGGGGGAAUGAGUAAGACCACGCUAGCUAGAAAUAUUUACGUGCAUUCACUUAUUGAGCACCACUUUGAUAUUCGCCUUUGGGCUGCAAUAUCUCAGGAUUAUUGUGUAGAAAAUAUUCUUGUUCAACUAUUGUUUGGAGAAAAUUCCACCACUGGUGGGAAUUUGGGGGAAUUAGGAGAAGAGUUGCAUAAAAUGUUAUGGAGUAGAAGGUAUUUAGUUGUGUUGGAUGAUAUGUGGAGUAUUGAAGCUUGGGAGGUGAUACAGAUGUUUUUGCCGGAUAACGGCAAUGGAAGCUUUGUUAUUGUGUUUGGACAAGAAGAUUGCCCUGUUGAAUUAGAGGAGAUUGGGAAAAAGAUAGUGGAAAGAUGCCGAGGACUUCCACUGUCAAUUGUUGUUAUUGGAGGGCAUCUUCGAAAAUCAUCUAGGGAGAUUGAAUACUGGGAGAAAGUUGCCACCAUGUUUUCUGAGACUUGUGAGCUUGUGGGAUUUUGGGUUGCUGAGGGAUUUGUGAAACCAAAGGAAGGCCUAAGUUUGGAGGAGGUAGCUGAGACUUAUCUGAAAGAUCUCAUCGACAAGAAUCUCGUUUUGCUAUAUAAAAUGGGGUGGAAUGGAAAAGUGGAAUGUUGUGUUAUUCAUCAUACAGUGAGAGAGUUGUGCAUAAAGAUGGCGAAAAAAUAUAAGUUUAUGAGUGUGCCUGAAGAUGCCGCACAAGUUGUAGGCUUACAGAAGGAGGAGCGUCGCAUUGUGUUGAAGAAUGGAGGAGGAUAUUUCUCGGGUGCUAAUUUUCAGCAACUGAACUUACGAUGUCUUGCUUUCACUUGUUUCUCAUCCACUCAAGUGACACUCUUUAACCGGACGCCCUACCUUCCUUCAUCGAAAUCCCUCCUGUGGAAUAUGCAGACAUUAAUCUUGAGGAAUUUUGAUGCCCAAAUCAUCGCUCCCUAUGAGAUUUGGGAGAUGCCGCAAUUUAGGCAUCUCGAGUUCAGGAAAUUCUAUCUUCCCGAUCCUAUUCCAAGUGAUCAAGAAAAAGAAUGCAUUGUCUUGCGGAACCUACACACACUAAAAGGAGUAGAGAACCUGAGAUUGACACAAGAGUGUUGUUUUAAGCUUCACAUUCCCGACUUCACUUAUGGAGUUGUUUACGGAAUUGACAUAUUCGGUGGGAAGCUGGAAGGACCCGAGUGGAACCUUGUUGAUAAGGAAUUUCCCAGCCUCGAGCAUUUGGAGAUUUCGUGCUGUGAAGAUUUGAUUUAUUGGAAUGCAAAUAGCUCCCAUUUUCCAGUACUCAAGUAUCUCCAUAUUUUUGAAACACCCAACUUGGGUGAGAUCCCUUUUGAUAUUGGUGAAAUAUCAACACUCAAAGUUAUUUUAUUGCGAGACUGUAGCAUGUGUCUUGCCAUGUCAGCAUCGAGGAUACUGAUGGAACAAGUGAGUCUUGACAAUGAAGAACUUCACCUCAUUGAGAAUUUUCCGACUGUGGCUUGUGUGGAGAUGGUAAAGUAUAGGGUGCACGUGGACGUGAGGGAUACUCAAGAGGAGAAACGAUACAAAAGGUGUUGA